AACCACGCGCAAAUCCGACAGCUUGUUGACCCGAGUGUCACGCGGUAGUGCUGUGACACUUUAGGCGACUUCCAGUUCUCCAUUGACAAAGUCAAUGUUUGCGGGAUAAACAACCUAAAGAUUCAUGGAGAUAACCCACGCGUUGGACGAGUGUCAGGAAUAUUGACGGACUGAACUCUUUAUGUAAGGAUUCACGAGAUUCACGAGACGAUGGCUAUCAACAAGCAUAUCAACGAGAGCACCCCUCUCUUGGACUCGGAUAAUGAGACGAAUGGGAGAACAUCACCCCCAUCAGUUUUCCAGGGAAGAAGACUUGCAUGUGCUGCUAUCUUGCUGGCAGAGUCAUUGGAAAGGAUUGCAUUCUAUGGCAUUACAUCCAACCUUGUUCUCUUUUUAAAUAGCAGUCCUUUCUAUUGGGAAGGCACACAAGCCAGCCAGGCUCCUCUGAUGUUCAUGGGGGUAACGUACCUGAUAUCCCCAUUUGGAGGGUGGUUGGCAGAUGCAUACCUUGGAAAGUUUUGCACUAUUGCCUGGAGUUUGAUUUUGUAUUUUCUCGGUAUUCUAUUUUUCCCUUUCAUUUCAAACGAAGACACCAGAGUAAAUGUAUGUGGUGAAGAAGCAGCAUUUCCAGUGCAACCCGCUGAGUGUCUCAGCACAAACAGUACCCCUCCAAGCAAUGUGACGUGCCCCAUCCGUUCACCUUAUUGUGGCCCUAUAGUUUACAGUGGACUUUUUUUCAUUGCAUUGGGUGUAGGGACUGUCAAGUCAAACAUCACUCCAUUUGGGGCAGACCAGGUCAAAGACAGAGGACCGGAAGCCACACGCCGAUUCUUCAAUUGGUUCUACUGGUGCAUUAACCUCGGUGCCAUCCUGUCACUGGGAGGUGUAGCCUAUAUCCAGCAAAAUUUCAGCUUUGAGCUCGGCUACAUCAUCCCCACUGUGUGCCUUGGGAUUUCCUUCCUCGUUUUCCUCCUGGGCCGCACAGUUUUUAUCACCAAGCCGGCUGAUGGCAGCGCUUUUACCGAUAUGUUCAAGAUACUGAGCUUCGCUUGUUGCUCCUCAAAACCCAAGGAGCCUGACUUGCUUCGAAGUAAUAACCCAACUCUAUUGGAUGGUGCCAAGGUGACCUAUGGAGGAAAAUUUCCAGAAGAGAAAGUGGAGGAAGUGAAAUCUUUGGUGAAAAUUCUACCAGUUUUCUUAGCCCUUAUUCCAUACUGGACGGUGUAUUUCCAGAUGCAGACCACAUACAUUCUGCAAGGCCUCCAUCUAAGAAUUCCAGUUACUACCUCAAAUAGCACUAGAGACUCCCACAUGAUGACAUUUCGCUUCCCGGCAGCCUGGCUCACCAUGUUUGAUGCUGUGCUCAUCCUCAUGCUGAUUCCUCUUAAGGACAAAGUGGUGGACCCCAUUCUAAAACGGCGUGGCCUUCUGCCCUCCUCUCUGAAGAGGAUUGCAGUGGGGAUGUUCUUUGUCAUGUGGUCGGCUGUGGCAGCGGGUAUUCUGGAGACAAAACGCCUGGAGAUCGUCAAAGCAAAUGGUCCCAUUGACCAAGUGCUUGGCAACGUAGUCUACUAUGCAGCGGAUUUACCCAUUUGGUGGCAAGUGCCUCAAUAUGUGCUGAUAGGCAUCAGUGAAAUAUUCGCCAGCAUUGCAGGACUGGAGUUUGCUUACUCUGCCGCGCCAAAGUCGAUGCAGAGUGCCAUCAUGGGGCUCUUCUUCUUUUUCUCUGGGAUAGGCUCCUUUGUGGGCUCGGGUUUGUUGGCCAUCGUGUCCCUGAAGGCGAUUGGCUGGAUGUCAUCCCAUAGAGAUUUUGGAAACAUCAAUGACUGCUCACUGCACUACUACUUUUUUCUCCUGGCCGGAAUUCAGGGCGUAACUCUCCUCAUCUUCCUGAUCGUUACUUUUAAAUAUGACAAGCAGAGGGGUCGAGCAGGAAGCCAAAGACAAAGAUACAUCUCGUCCUGACCCUGACACACUUGGCUUGUAUCGCUCACAUCCCACCUGCCUGUUUUCUUUGACAAAUGCUUUUAAAAGACUGCGUGGCUGGAAAGGCUCUUCUGCAAAAUGUUGAGCCAUUGCAGGAGUCUCGUUUCCUGCUCUCAGUUUACUCCGCUGCCUUCAUUUGCACGAGACCCGCCAUGGUGCCAGAAGAUUAUAGUUAGAAAAGUCUCUUUUCAAAUGCAGUUUUUUUAAUCCAAUAUUAAAAACAAGUGAAAUCAUUUCUAAAUGUUAUCAAUGUGACCCAUAACCUGUCAAGCUCAAUUUGAAACAAUAUUUUCCAGAAAGUGAAGUAAAUUAUUAUUUUUUUUUCACCAUGUGGUUGCUGACAGAAUUAAUCAAUUACAUAUAAUCUCAUCUCAAAAUCUCACACCUACCAUGAUUGAAAGUGCCUUUAUGAAACCCCCAAAUUAACUUCAGAUGUUCUAGUCGGCUAUUCCUGGCAUUUUUGUCAUCACAGACUCUUGCUAGAAGCGUAAUAAGAGGCUGACAGUCCAUGUUCGUACAUGUGACAACGGUCUCCCUUUUUCAGAUGUCUGGACUUGGGCUUUGUCUUACAGUGAAGAAAAAGACACACUUGAACUCUCCCAAACUCACACUCAUGUGUUCGGCUCCGAUGAAACCAAGGUUGAACUUUGUGCGUCCACGUGUGUGGACAUGACGUCUUUGGCUUUCAAGACUAUAAUGUUAAAUUUUGGACUAUAAGGGCCUGGCGUCCACUUACGAGGACGUUUCAUCAAGUAAAAAAAUAAUUCUUUGUUUUCUUUGUCAAAUAAUAUGACAAUUUAAUUGAGGUUCUAAUUUAGGGAAGCACGGUCACGUGACUUCUGCUGUUGCUAUUCUAGAUUCUAAAAGGUAUUUCUAAAUAUCUCUCAUCGUCAGAAGAACACCAUCCAUUGGGGUGAUUUUUCUUGAAAAACCUGAUGGAAGGAAUGAUAAACAGUCCAAAUGACAGUCAGUCUUCAGACUUCUGCUGAAAAGCCAAAAAAAAAACUGUCCAGGUUGUAGAUCACAUUAAUGGUGGAAGAAGUGUUGAAAUGAUUUAUCUUGUUCUCGUUUCUUUAUAGUAUAUCACAAAACCUGGCUUUUUAUAUCCGCUGAAUACUGUCAAAAUAUAUAUAUCGUAGUUGAGCAGUUCUUACUAUUCAGUCAGCAGUGCACUAUUUUUCUGACUAACAAUUUUGACUUACGACCUUGGUGUGAAACAUCAGUAUUUUGUCAAAUCUUUCAAACGAUUUAUAGAUAAAUGAUGUGUUUAAAUGUAGUAUUUCUUAAACACAAACAUGCGACUGUUGGAGAUUGGCGCUUACCGAUAGUAUGCAGAAACAAUCAUUGAUUAAAAUGCAGAUUCUGGAAUGCAGUUUGUAAUUAAAGUGGACAUAAACGUUCACAUUGUUAAGAUUCUAGUUUGCGGAGACAUUGACUGAACAAGUUGUGUUUAUUUUAUCAUUUCAAUUAUGUUUUCAGUCCACUGGAUAUACUCUGAGAGCAACAUGUUGAAAUGACUCCAAAGAAGUCUUCAAUGAUUAUUAUUUUGUUUUGGCGGGCAAAGCUGCAAUAGUCACGGUCAGUUUGGUAAAAAGUUGGCAAUAUAUGAGGAAACUGGAACUAUACUGGAACAAUGGCCUGAAGAUGCAGUUAAUUUGUAAUUUCCUUCACUGUUGGAAAGAUGCAUGGCAAAUGUAGGUUCAACAAAUUUAACAAAGCCUUUUUUACUGUAUGUUUUUAAAAAUAUAUAUAUUGGACUGCUCGAUACCCUUGUAGUGUCAGAUGAAGAGCUGCUGUGUUGUCAUACUUCCAAUUCAAGUUCUGCAAAACUGUCUCUAAAAUGAGAAACCACUCAAUGGCUUAAGGAAGAGUGUUUACCGCUUUCAUGCAUUUAAAACUGCGCCGUUAGAGAAUGUAUAUCAGAGUUUACAUCGUGGCAUAAAUGUGUUACAUUUGUAAAAUUGCAUUGGCUUUUAGCAUUAUUUUUGUUUGUGUUUGAUCAAUUAAACAAAUAUAAAUAA